AUGGCAUCGCCAUCACCAUUCCUCAUCACCGAGCAUGUCAUUGACUCUCAGCAUGUCCGGGAAUAUCCCCGGGCGACAAGAACGGGCGAUGACGCUCUGAAGCUAAUGGUCAAGCAAUAUACCCCAAAAUCAAAUCCUCAUCCCCAGCCAGGUGACCUGACCAUCAUUGGAGCUCAUGGAAGUGGGUUUCCCAAGGAACUUUACGAACCGAUCUGGGAAGGGGUCCUCUCACAACUAAGUGACAAGGGAAUACGUGUCCGGUCAAUCUGGAUAGCCGACAUUGCAAACCAAGCCGCGAGCGGGGUCUUGAACGGGGAAUACCUGGGAAACGACCCAUCAUGGUUUGACCAUGCGCGAGACCUUCUUUACAUGAUCAACCACUUCAAGCGGGAUAUGCCACGCCCGAUUGUUGGGAUCGGUCAUAGUCUCGGAGCAGGCCAACUAGUUCUUCUAUCAAUGAUGCACCCACGCUUGUUGACCUCUCUGGUGCUCAUUGAACCAGUCAUCGAGAAGGACGUCUAUACCGGAAAGGGGCCAAUCUUCGUCAAACUCUCCCUAGACAAGAAGGAUACAUGGGAAUCUCGUGAAAAAGCCGCUUCCCAUUUUAAGAAGCAGUUCAAGACCUGGGAUCCGAAGGUACUCGAGCGCUGGCUGCAAUACGGUCUGCGCAGCCUUCCCGAUUCGGAUGCCGUUACCCUCACGACCUCCCGCAGUCAAGAGGUGAUGUACUACAUGCGUCCUAACUUUGACAAUCGGAAACGAUUAAGCUCGAAGAAUGACCCUUCUGCCAUGAGCGAUCACGAUCCUUGCUUCCAUGCCGACAUCAUCGGUCCCGCCCAUGCGGUAUAUCCCUUCUAUCGCAACGAGCCGAUUUUGCUGUGGCACUUAUUACGACACGUCCGGCCGUCCGUCCUUUACCUCUUUGGUGAUCGUAGCCCUGUCUCAACACCGGAUCUUCGCGAAGAGAAGUUGACACGGACUGGUACGUGCAUCGGAGGCAGUGGUGGUUGGAAAAAUCAUCGGGUGAAGGAGAUCACAAUUCCUCGGACGGGACACCAACUUCCCUUUGAGAACGUGUCUCGAAUUUGCGAGGAGACGGCAGGCUGGCUCAAACAAGAGGUUGUCCGAUGGUCUGAGGAUGAAGCGCGCAUACUCGAAGGUUGGUUGGAUGAUACACCGGAAACACGAGCUUCGGUCCCCAAGGGUUGGCAGGAGCACCUCAAUGCCUGUCUAUCCCAGGCCACCGAAAUGCCUAAGGCGCAGUCAAAAUUAUGA